AUGCGAUCGGUCAACGCUGCACGCCGAUCUGGCUUCGCAUUGACCCUGGCCGAUACUUUUAACACGCCUGUGCUUUCGGAUCGCGCUGCGAGAAUGCGCCCGUUAGCAUCUGCUGGUGACAGCACCGAACGUGCAGGGGCCAGUCUUAUGCCACGGCGGUCGAAGCCCUCCUCUGCUAUGGCUGUCUAUGGCUGUCAGCAGGAGGCUGGGGAAGUGUCUCAUGGAGCAUGGCUUCGAGGUUGA